GGACUUACAGUGUAUGUGUUAACCCUUAAACGGUCGAUGUCUCUCCUGAGAUACGGUCACAUGGUACUGGCAUGUAUGUAAAAACCCAUUAAAAUGUAGCGAAUUGGGCGGUGUAUAGUGUGAGAUACAUUCACUAGCAACGUUGUGUCGCCUAUGCCGGUUCAUUUUAUUUGCAGUUGUCCGCAUGGUAGGUGGUACUGUGUGUCAUUGUUAUGGAUAAUCAACAAGUUUUGACUCCGGUAAGCUCAAUAUAGUACAAAUUAGUUAUUUCAGCCUCUGGUGUGUUCGUAAUUAUAUAAUUAUGAAAGCUGAUGCUUCCUUUGCGUCUUCAUUGCUUUAGUUUUUCAUUGAAUAAAUUUUUGAGGUUAGUUUUUGUCUUACAAAUGUGUGUAUCCCUAGAUGCACAUUGCCCAUUAAAAAUAACGUAAGGCAUUUGAUACGCAAUUUAUGUUAGAAUACAUGGUAACUUCAAGAACUAUUUCAGGGUAUCGCUCCCCGCAUAUUUUACGGAAAAGCAGCAAAGAUUCCACGUAUUGUUGUUGUGCUACCACCGGACGAUCCAUGUGUAUCAGACGUUGGCAAAUCAUCAGAUGAGGAGGAGCUGUUUGGCGGAGACUAUAGCGAUUUGGACCCCGAUUAUCAGCAGCCGCCCACAUCUAAGAAGCGCAAAUGCUUACCAGUAGUUGAUACUUCAAGCGACUGGGAAUCAGAAGAUGAUUUACCUUUAGCGAAUUUUGUGCAAACAUCGAGAGAUAAUUCUAUACUAGGUGGUGAUAAACGUUACACUUGGAGCAAAACAGAUUUCCAACACAUCAGAUAUCCAAAAGAUGUCUUUUUUGCUGGAGUAGACGGAGAAUAUUCCCCUCUGGCUUAUUUCGAAAAAAAUUUUGACGAUGAUUUGUUUGAGCAUAUUGCACACCAAACGAAUAUUUACUCCGCACUGACAACUGGGCGUUCUAUUGAUACUACAGCUAAUGAAAUAAGGUCGUUUGUAGGAAUUGAGUUGAUAAUGGGGGUAGUCCAAAUGCCAACAAUCGAAGACUACUGGGCCAUAGAAACGAGAUAUAGUAUUAUUGCCGAUGUUAUGCCUGUAAAGCGCUUCAAGAAAUUGCGAAGACGCAUACACUUUCAGGAUAACAAUACUGAUCCGCAAGGAGAUAGAUUAUUCAAAAUUCGCCCCCUUAUAGAAAAACUGCGACAAAAAUGUAUAGCUAUCGAAGAGGAAGGUUUGUUUUCUAUAGAUGAAAUGAUGAUUGCUUACAAAGGCAAGAAAGCUGGAAGUCUGCGCCAAUAUAUGCCUAAAAAGCCAAAGAAGUGGGGGUUCAAGAUGUUCGUUCGAGCAGGCGUGUCAGGGAUUGUGCAAGACUUUCUCAUCUAUACCGGCUCUAGUACUUUUGACGAAAUUCUAUUUUCAAAGGAGGAACAACAAAUGGGACUUGGUGCAAAAGUGGUACUUGUCCUGUGCAGAACUAUUCAGAAACCAGAAGAGUCUUUCGUCUAUUUUGAUAACUUCCUUUGUUCAUUGGAACUAAUUGAAUACUUGAAGAAAAAUAAAAAAAUUGGCAAGUUUGGGAACCAUUAGAAGCAACAGACUUAGAGGAUGUCCCUUGCUAAGUGACAAAGAACUUCUACGGAAGGGGAGAGGUAGCUUUGAUUACAGAGUAGACAAUUCCGUGGGACUAGCGGUGAUAAAAUGGGCAGACACUAAAUGUGUGACUCUGGCGAGUUCGUACAUUUCGCACAGUCCAGUGUUUGAAGUUAGCCGAUUUAGUAAAGAACAAAAGAAAAAGGUAAACGUUCAGUGCCCUCAAAUAGUCAAACAGUACAACAUUCAUAUGGGAGGCGUAGAUUUAUCUGAUAUGCUGGUUUCACUGUACAAGACUCCCUUCAAAUCAAAGCGAUGGUAUCUCGCUAUGUUUAGUCAGAUUAUUGAUAUAGCUGUCAAUAAUGCCUGGCUAUUGUAUCGGAGAGAUCUAGCCUCACCAGCGAAAAAUAUAAUAAGCUCAAAGACUUCAGAAUAAACAUCGCAAAGUCUUUGAUUCAAUCUCGUAACGUACCCAGAAAAAGAACUUCUGCUGCAGCAAACUUGCUCCCUCAAAACAAAAUAAAGGUUCCCGUUGCUCCACGGCCUACUGAAGGUGUCCGGUUUGACAACGUUGGACACUUUCCAGUUUUCACUGAAAAAUAACGCUGUAGGCUUUGCACAAAUGGACAAACAAGAAUUUUAUGUCAAAAAUGUAAUUUGCGCUUAUGCAUCGUAUCAGGAGCUAAUCAGAGAAACUGCUUCACAAGUUACCAUUCCAAGUAAUGUUCCUCCUAGAAGCAAUGUGCAUUCGAAGAUACAACUAAUACCAACAACACCAGAAAAAUGGAUAGAAGUGGCAAAACAAUACGAGAAAACCUGA